AUGCUGGGCCCAAAGUUACAUUGCGGGGGAGCAAUUAUCACAGACCAACAUAUUUUGACCGCUGGUCAUUGUAUUACAUUUGGAGUAAGUUUUCGAGACUUGACUGUCAACGUAGGAAUGCACGAUCGUUUGGGAUCGUCGUUCACCGUGAUGCGGCUAAAAAAUGGUGUAAAACAUCCUGCAUUUACGUCAAAUGCCGUGCGAGACAUAAAUGACAUCGCCGUUGUAACAUUAGAUAGGAAAUUGAAGUUUUCUGACUCCGUGCGCCCUAUCUGCUUACCUUCGGAAAGCAUGGAUUUCCGAAAUAUAUCACUAACAGUUGCUGGUUGGGGUAAAACUAGGCAAGGAGCUUUGACAUCUUCUCGAUAUUUACUAGAAACAAGAGUAAGGAUAGUCGACAGCCAAACCUGCAAUAAGACCUCAAUAUAUAGAAGCAAUCUGGUGAAAGACACCAUGAUGUGCGCUUAUAGUGUCGGAAAGGACGCUUGUCAAGGUGAUAGCGGUGGACCCCUGUUUUCUACACAUGAUAAGACACGAAAUAAGAAAUGGUAUCAAGUUGGUAUUGUGUCAUGGGGAAUUGACUGCGCGAAGAAAGACUAUCCAGAUUGCGGUAGGCCAGCGGACACCGUGGUCGCCAUGAGGAUAGUUGGAGGAAGACGAGCUGAACCACACUCGUAUCCUUGGACGGUAGCCAUAUUGAAAAACAAAAGAAUGCACUGCGGAGGAGCUAUGAUUACAGACAAACAUGUUUUGAGUGCGGGGCAUUGUUUUAAAUGGGAUGACAUCCGGGAACUGGUCGUACUAGUUGGUUUGGAUAAUUUGGAUAAUCUUGCCAACGUGGAGCAACGAAAUAUAACCAGUGUUAAAAUACACGAACGCUUCACGUCCACCGCUGUUCGAGAUGAGAAUGACAUCGCUGUUGCUUCGUUAAACGCACCAGUGGAAUUCAGCGAUACGAUUGUGCCCAUCUGUCUUCCAAAGCCAGGUCAAGAAUUCGCGAAUAGGGUUGGAACAAUCGUAGGUUGGGGCCGUGUUGGUGUUGAGAAGACAUCUUCAAAAGUGUUACUUAAGGCCAGUCUAAGAAUUCUAACUGACGACGAAUGUAUGAAAUCCAAACUAUCACACCACCUCAAGCCGACGAUGAUGUGUGCUUUCUCUAAGGGAAAGGAUGGAUGUCAGGGAGACAGUGGCGGCCCUUUAUUGGUAUUUGAACCAGAUGGAAAUUAUGUUCAAGCAGGUGUCGUCUCAUGGGGUAUAGGAUGUGCUGACGCUAGGUAUCCGGGUGUAUAUACAAAAGUCAGUAACUACAUUGACUGGAUUAAACGGCAUUCAGCAAAUGGAAAAACUUGUGAAGAGUAG